CGGAUGUCGCUAGACGAGUCACGUGAUCGACAUUGUCUUAUUUUUUUCUCAUCGAGCUUUCGGUUGAGCGAUACAAUUAUUUGCGAUAUUUUCGCGCGUAAAAGUGAUUUGUUUCGAUGAGUUUAUCUCUGUUUUUAAAGUAUUUGAUCUUCAUAUAGAUGCCGGGAUUGAAAUAAGAGCAGGAAAUCUUUUGAGGAAGUGGAGUGACAGCCCCGCUGUAAAUCAAGAUGGCAGGUCUGUCUUUAUAUUUUGAAGACGGUCAUGAUGAUUUGGAUGACUUUGGAUUCGAUGACUAUGGUUCAGAGUGUGAUGGGAUUCGGAUAACAGCAUUCCUGGAUUCAGGCCAGGAUAAUCUCACCCCUCUGGGCCGGCUGGAGAAAUAUGCUUUCAGUGAAAACGUCUUCAACAGGCAAAUUGUGGCUCGUGGUUUGCUGGAUGUGCUCCGGGAGUUCAGUGAUAAUGAAAAUGACUUCAUCAGUGUCAUGGAAACGGUUGCCAGGAUGUCUGAGGAUGGAGAACCGACAGUGCGAGCAGAACUGAUGGAACAGGUACCAAACAUUGCCAUGUUCCUCCAUGAAAAUCGCCCCAAUUUCCCAGAAGCCUUCUCACGGUACCUUGUUCCCAUUGUGGUCCGGUAUCUCACAGACCCUAACAACCAGGUGCGAAAGACGAGCCAGGCUGCUUUGCUGGUGUUACUUGAACAGGGUCUGAUGAGUAAGGCAGAUAUGGAGGGAAAGGUCUGCCCUGUGCUUCUGGAGCUCACUGAACCCAGCAGUGAUGACGACUACAAGAUCGAGGCUGUAGCGAUAAUGUGCAAGCUGGUGACCAUGUUGACUAAAGACACGGUGCAACACCUUUUAUUGCUGCGCUUUUGUGAACUCUGCAGUGACGUCAGACUAUUUCAAGUCCGCAAGGUCUGUGCAGCGAACUUUGGCGAGUUCUGUUCUAUUGUUGGCCAGGAAGCCACAGAGAAACUACUGAUGCCUAAGUUUUUCGACCUGUGCUCAGACAGUCUGUGGGGUAUUCGGAAAGCCUGUGCUGAAUGCUUCAUGGUUGUUUCAAAUUGCACUUCUCCAGAGGUGCGACGUACUAAAUUAUCCCCCUUGUUCAUCAACCUCAUUAGUGACCAGUCACGCUGGGUACGCCAGGCUGCGUUCCAGUCUCUAGGUCGUUUCAUCUCCACGUUUGCCAACCCUUCUAUCACAGGAUUGCAUUUCUGUGAGGAUGGAACCCUCCGCGAGAUACCGAAGAUCUCCUCAGAGAGCCACAGACAGGAAGUGACCACCAGCAGUUUGAGUAACAGCCGCAAUGCCUCCAUUGAUGGUUCUUCAGACAGUCUCAUUCAGCCCCGUUCAGAGCAGCUACAAUCCACCUCACACACAGCGGUUUCAGCAUCACAUCCUCCACAUGGCCACUCCUCUGAUAGCACCAGCCAGAGCCAGCCUGAAAGCUUAACCCCUUCAUUCCACCAGCAGAUGGAUGACUGCACAAUGUUCAACUCCUUCAACUUCUGGAGACCCCCGCUACCUGACAUUACCCAAGACCUGCAGCUACUGCAAGUGGAGAAAAGAGAUGUGGUGAUAGAAGAAAAAGAAGAGACCAUGAGAGAGACAGAAAGUGAGGGGAAAGAGAAUGUGCCAAGUUUAGAUGCACAAGGACCAGCCACCAGCUCCCAGAUCCAGAAAGUUUUAGAUUGUCUUCAGCCGCACCUAGAUGAUCCUGAUGUUCAAGCUCAAGUGAAGGUGUUGUCCGCUGCGCUGAAAGCUGCCCAACUAGAGAGUCAAACAGAAGAUGGCGAUGAGUCUGUGUCAGAGUGUAACGGUUCCACAGACUCCCCGACGUCUGAUGAGCUCAGUGCCAUGAGUGAACUCUCACUGACAGACGCACAGAUCUCAGACUCGCCCUCCACUUCACCUGUGCUGGUAGAUGACUCUGAACAAAGCAGUGAGGAGUCAGACCUAAUAGAAAAUGUGGAGGAAGUCAAAGACUCUGACACAAUUAAAACAUGCGAAGAGGAGAAGUCUAAAGUCCAGAAUGUAAUUCCACAGCAGUUGCUGGAUCAGUAUCUGUCCAUGACAGACCCCGCUCGAGCUCAGACCGUGGACACUGAGAUUGCCAAACACUGUGCAUUCAGCUUGCCAGGUGUUGCCCUAACGCUGGGCAGACAAAACUGGCACUGCCUCAAAGACACGUAUGAGACCCUCGCUACAGACGUACAGUGGAAGGUGCGACGGACACUUGCAUUCUCUAUCCAUGAGUUGGCAGUGAUUCUGGGGGAUCAGCUGACCGCGGCUGACCUGGUGCCCAUAUUUAAUGGCUUCCUCAAAGAUCUGGAUGAGGUGCGGAUAGGAGUCCUCAAACACCUGUAUGAUUUCUUGAAGCUUCUUCAUGCUGAGAAGCGUCGGGAGUAUCUGUAUCAGCUGCAGGAGUUCAUGGUGACGGACAACAGCCGAAAUUGGAGAUUCCGCUAUGAGCUAGCUGAACAGCUCAUCAUGAUCAUUGAGUUGUACAGUCACAACGACGUCUAUGACUACCUCAGACAGAUUGCACUUAACCUUUGCUCUGACAAAGUGUCUGAAGUGCGGUGGAUCUCCUAUAAACUGGUGGUGGUGAUCCUGCAGAAGUUUUAUUCCUGUGAAGCUCAUGACCUGGGUCUGAAUUACAUUAAUGAGCUCAUUAUGAGAUUCUGCCACUGUCCCAAAUGGGUCGGACGUCAGGCGUUUGCAUUCAUUUGCCAGGCAAUAGUGGAGGAGGACUGCAUGCCCAUGGACCAGUUUGCACAGCACCUUCUACCCAGUCUGCUCAGCCUCUCAUCAGAUCCUGUGCCCAACGUACGCGUACUAGUGGCCAAGGCGUUACGACAGAGCGUGUUGGAAAAACCAUACUUCAAGGACCCAGGCAGCGCUUAUUCAGAUGAGCUAGAAGAGGCUCUGUCCGAACUGAGGAUGGACAAGGACAGGGACGUGCGGUUCUUUGCCACACUGGAUCCUAACAGAAACGUCAUGGACACGGCAGCGCUCAUUUAGCACCUUUAGCUCUAUCCGCACAUGUGAACAAGCACCAGCAGGAACAACACUAAAUGGAUUCACAGACAAGUGUUUACAAAUAGGAACUACUGACCAAGACCUUCACACACACAAUGUAUCCUUAUCCUCGCCUAAUAUGCUCCACAUAUGACUGUAAAUGCAUACAUUAUGCAUUUUCUGAUUUAAACACAAAAUGGGCCUCAUUUAUAAAACAAAUUCUACUUAUUUGUAGCUAAAUUUAAAAUUGGAUUCUUAAAAUAUGCAAAUGUAUGCGUAUUUAUGGUAAUACAACUGAUACAGCCAUGAAAAAUUAUUUUCCACAGUGGUUUUUGCCAUUUAGAUGAUGAAAUUGAGAUUGCCUUGUCAAGCUAUUAAAAAUGAAUGCAAAAUACAUGUAUUUUCAUACAUGAGGCCCAUGCAACUUCUCACUUGCAAACGUCAUUUUAAGCCUCUUCCUCCAGCACACAAACACACACACACACACAUACACCUUAAAACACAGAACAACCAUCUCACCUCUUUAAAUAGUGCAAGAUUUCGUUUGCACCUUUGUGGCAGCAGAAAGUAUUUGGAGACACAAGACGCAUCUUAAAGGCGGAUUGUGUUUCUUCUCAAAACCGUUCAGAUGCUACCAGCUGCCCCUCCAAAGCUAACUGUACAUUUGUAAGACUUCUUUUUUUUUUUCUCCAUUUCCUUUUCUUGUGGAUUUCUUAAAACAAAAAGGACUAAGAAGACAUAAGCAGACUGACACAGUGAAGUGCUACUAACUCAGGGAGACCUGAUAUUCAGAUUUUUUUUUUUUAAGCUGCAGUGCCGCAAAAUGGUAUCGAGCUGAGCGAAAGUGAAAUUUUGCUGCAUUUAUUAACCUCCUAUUUACCUGACCCUCAGAGUGCACCUGCAUUGUUGUGGGAAACGGCGAUUAGAAACCGCAAACAAGCGAGUUAUUGCAGCUCGGGAGCCGAAAACCUCCCUCUUCUUGCUCAAUCCUUUUGUAGCUUGCAAGAAUUUGCUCUUGUCUUUCAAUACUGAUAUUUUAAUGUACGUGUUUUUCUGUGUGUUUUGAGUGAGAUCCAGUUGUAUGUAACCUCUUCGUCUUCCCUGAUUGGUGGAGAGCGUUUUUAUACCUCGCCGUUUUAUAAUUAAAAGGGGCCAGUAUUUUAGAGGGGUGUCAGGAGUAAACCAAUGCUUUCCAAGCAACCUUUAUAGCCACUAGACAACAUUUAGACACUGUACAAGCAAAAUUCAGACUUGUCCAGUCUUUAGAAUUACAGUAAGACAUUAAUGAUGUUCGUUAAACACUCGAUUGGUUAAAUGAGCUGACCUGCAGAGGGCGCUGCUUGGUUGUCUGUGGAAAACAUCAAAGCAAGCACACUGUUUAGUUGCAUUUGCACUAGUUAAUCAAAGCACGCCAUAGUUCCUCUGACAAUUCCCAAAUUUGCUUUAAAGUAAAUAAGCUACUAUGUGCUUGAAGUUGAUAUGACGGACCAUCCGUUUCAUGGUUAUGCUGCUCUUGGCAUCGGUUAACUUGCUUGUGGCUGCUGAUCGGUUAUGCUUGUUUUAAUGGUUUAUAUAUUUAAAUUGGGGGACCGGACCCACAUCAGCAUGUAAGGGCAAACCUUGCCAAGAGCACUUUACUAAUCAUUAAGAGUUCAAUGGAAAGAAAAUUGCAGGUCCUUUUUUUAUAUAUAUAUAAAUAAUAUUAAAUCUGCUGGACUGGAUGAAUCAUGAUAAAUCAGUAGUUCUGAUUUUUUUUUUUUUUUUUUUUUUUAAUAAGGCAACUUUCUUGACCAAACUCAAGUGGUGCUCGGAUCCAGUGUGUUAUUCUCACAGAUGUGUAUAUGGAAUAUGUUUAUGGAUUGUGUAUAUGGAAUUGGGUUUUUUUUGUUUUUUUUAAAGGUUUUAGUCUAGUUCUGAAAUACAGCCUGUGAUCAAAUAUGAUUUUAUUGAUGAUCUCUACAGGAUUCAAGGCCAGUCUUUUUUUUUUUUUUUCUCUUUCCUGUGGCGAUGUUUGGUUUGGAAUUGUAUAAUGGGCGAAGUUGUUACCCUUGUGUUCCCAUGUGUGUUUGUGUGCAUGCAUCUGUGUGUGGCUGUGUGUCCUUUUUGUUUGUUUCUUCUUUUUUUUCAUAUGUUCAUAGAAUUUAUAUUUUGUUAGAUUGUUAUAUUUUCCCCAAUAAAUUCUCCUGUUUGAUUUA